UGCGGCCUAUUCGGUGAUUUCGCAGUCAACAUUCUCCUACAUUCUUUGCAAUCAUCGCGCUUUGAUGCCAGUUUGAAUGUCAAUCGUCUAGCAUACAUGCAAGGAGACUAUUUACAUGUUCCCGGCCUUAAGAAUGCGACUCUGGCGAAAGCGCGCCUCACGAAAUGUGGUGACAGCCACCCAGACUUUACUAUUCUUAUGUAUAAAUUGAAUUCAUUCCUGAAAGGGGGAGUCUCAUCAUGCGCGUGCGCGGAGAAACACGGAUUGACACGAACUUACUUGCCCCUCCUCAGACCAGCGUCAUACCCGUGUGCCUUGCUGUCUAGCCGGUGCUAACUAGCCGAGGGAGGGAUAGCUUGCCGGGUCGCGCGGGGCUGUCGUCACGGGCGCGUUCCGAGGUUUAGAGCGGCUUGCUAGCUAGCAUGACGUGCAACUUGAUUGCCCGCUGGGAGUCGGGCUGCUGGCGGUGGUAGGCGGCCACACGUUCACGUGUUUUCAAGGGUUCCGUCCAACAAAUACAUGCGCUGCUGCCUGUGCUGCAGGACGGCCGUUGCGGCGGCACACCGGCCGGCCUACAUGCCCGGCAGCAACCGCUAUGCGGCGUUGGACGGUCCUCCCGCCGCCUUGCGGGGCAGCAGUAGCAGCAGCGGCAGUAGCAGCGGCGGCAGCACCGCCGCAGGUGGCUGCAGCAAUGCCACGGAUGCUUCGGUCCGCGACCGCUGCUACGAGCAAGUGGGGGAGUUAGUGGAUGUGGUGGGACUGGCUUACAUGCCCGGCAACGUGACUUCCCUCACGCCGGCCGGCAUGCUGAUAUACAACGUCGAAGUUGUGAAUCUUUGCGAGCAAGUGCUGACCGCAGACUGUCUGAGCAAGUACGGAGAGUUUGGCUGCAUCAUGGUAAUGUAUGGCCUGCACUACACGCCAUCGGUCGAGGCGUACCUCGCCGCCUUCAACCGAAGCUCGGACGGCGGCGACGGCAGCGGCGGCGUGGGUUUGAGCAGCGGCGGGAUCGCGGCGGUGGUGUGCGGCGUCGUGGGCGGCCUUGCAUUGGUUGCGCUGAUAGCCGCUGUGUUUGCGGCGGCGGCAGCACGGCGGCGCCGCGCGGCUGCGGGCAUCAGCAGCGAACACCCAGCCGGUCGCAGCAGCUGCGGCACGGCCGCGGCGGCUGAUGAGGAGUCCACGCCGCCGCGUGCGGCGGGAGGCAGCAAGGAUGCGUUGACGCUGGUCGUGAUUGGUUCGGCUGAUGGUGCUUCUGUGGGUGCGGCGGCGCCCUGCAAGGCGGUGCAGCAGCUGCCGCCGCCGCCGUUGCACAGCAGCGACGACAGCUGCAGCCUCAGCAAGAGCGGCGCGACAGCGGUGCCGGUGUCUGGGGCGGAGCUCCUGCCAGAGGCCGGGCACACGAUGGUGGCGGCAGCGCUGUGCGACCACUCGCAAGCGGAAAAAUUGCUGACGCCGCGGGCUGCCGACGUGCGCGGCGUUGCCAGCGCCGCCGCGGCGGGCACGGCCGGCGGCGCCAGUAGCCCGGGGGCGGCGGGGAUCGCCUCUGGUGGCACCUUGGCCUUGAAUGUUGCCUCGUUCCUCGGCACGCAGUCUUCAAUCCAUUCAGACGUAAUUACAGAGCAGACGCCGGCACAGCCACACAUCCACUUCCUUAUUAGCGGAUCCACAGGAAGGAACGCUGCCGUGGGCGCCGCCGCCGCCGCCGCCGUCAGCCACGUCAGUCGCAGUGCCGCCGUCGCCGCCCCUGCCGGUAGGCUGCUUGCAACGGACCCGUCACGGCUGGGGUCUGGAGACCACGCCGGCGGCGCCGCCGCGCCAGUGGCAGUAGCAGGCGGGCUGCAUCAGCAGGAGCUGGGGCAGGGACCGGGGAUGUCGGGGCUACAGCCGACAGCCCCGCCUGCGGUCACACGGAUGGCGGCGCUCGCGUCAGCGCCUGCUGCUGCAGCUGCUACCCCAGCCGCUACUGCUGCCGCCACUGCUGCCGCUGCUGCUGCGGGUGGCGGCGAGGACAACGAUGGCGGCGGCGGUGGCGGCGGUGCGGAGGACAGCCCGCCUGCCGCCGCUGCUCCCCCCGCCAGCGAUGGUAUGGAAGAUGCGGACGCCAGUGACGCCGCUGCUGGCGCCGACAUAGGCGUCGUAAUUGCGCCGAACGGGCUGCUCGGUCGCGGCUCCUUCGGCCGCGUGUACCGCGGCCGGUACCAAGGCAUGGACGUGGCUGUCAAGCUGUUCGCGGAGCUUGUGAUGGAAAGCGAGGGCGGCGAGGCGACACGCGCGCUGCAGGCGGCUGGCAACUGUGCUACCAUUGAAUCUCUUCUGUCCGAGGUGGAGGUGCUGGCGAGGUGCCGGCACCCCAACAUCGUCACGCUGCUGGCCGUGUGUGUCACGCCGCCGCGCCUGUGCAUGGUGAUGGAGCUGAUGGAAUGCAACCUAUGCAGACUCAUUCAUCGCGGGCCCGAAGACCAGCCGGCACUGCUACCGCUACGCACGGUGGUUGACAUUGCGCUGGACGUUGCGAGCGCGCUCGGGUACCUGCACCCCACCAUUAUCCAUCGCGACCUCAAGCCCGCCAACGUGCUCAUCAGCGGCGUCGGCUCGGCGCGGCCCGUGGCCAAAUUGACGGAUUUUGGCAUCGCAAGGCUGUGCAGCACGCUGCAUGCCACUAAAAAUCCCGAGGCGGGCACACCGCCCUACCUGGCCCCCGAGUGCUUCGACGAGCACAACUGGGUGGUAUCGCACCAGGCGGACAUGUACUCAUUCGGGGUGCUUCUGUGGGAGAUGCUCACUGGAGUGGAGCCAUGGAAGGGCGAGCCAAUGGCUCGAUUGGCAUACCGCCUUGUCCACUGCGGCAACACACUGCCCAUCGAAGCCAUCAACAAGCACAGGAAUCAACAGCAGCAGCAGCAGCAGCAGCAGCAGCAGCAGAGGCAGCCGAAGCCGGCCGUGCCCGCCAAGCUGGUUAAGCUGGUGGCCCAGUGCUUUGAACGGGACCCGCGGCGGCGGCCGGCGGCAGCGGAGGCUGUAAAGACGCUGUUGCUUGUCCGGGAGGCCCUGGGGCAGCAGCAGCCUCAGCAGCUGGUGCAGGCGCGGCUGCAGAUGCGGAUGUCAAUGCAGGCUCCGCUGCUGAGGUAGGUGUGGCGGCAGCGGCCGCGCUGGUGGCGGCGGCGGUUGCGUCAUAGCCGGCGGCGGCAGCAUCGCCGAAUCCUACGUCUUCUGCUUACGUUACCGCUAAAGAGGCAUAGGGCGUGAGUGUUUGAAGCCAUGACAACUGAUAUUUACUUCCGCAACUAGCUGUAAGGUUGCGAACAGUGUACGGGGCGAGACAUGGUAUCAGUCUGUCAGGUUGCGGGGCAGCAACAAGCAAGCGGCAUUAGCGACGGGCACUUGCCCCGGUUACUGGUUCGGCGGCUGCUCAUGCUGAUGCAGUGCCGCAGCAAUUGGGUUUAUUUGCAGUGCCUCAAAUGCCCGACUGCCUAAGCCACCACGUGAUCGGGUUACCGUACUAAGUAUGGUUGGUGGGCUGCAACAAAUUGUUGGCGGGUGAUGGUCAUGCCUGCCUGCAUGUGUGGGAGGCAAGGCCGUGAAAAGCUGCGUCGAGACCGCAUGACGCAUCUAGUGUUGUGAGGAAGAUACGAUACGCCGCUUUGUGCGAAAGGCUCGAUGUAGCAGAAGAGUAAAGUUAGCUCGGCAGCGGUUGACGCGGAAACCGCUGGAAAGCGUGAAUGGUAAUAACGCGUCCUUGGAGACCGCACUAGUGGUAGCAGUCCGGCCGGUUCACCGGGGUAGUAGGCAUGCGCAACGCACGGUGCUACGAGGGACAAAGUGUGUGUGCACGCUGGCACGUAUGUGCGUAUGCGCGCUCCUAGUGGCUCGUCGCAUUCCUAUGGGACGAGACUGCCUUGUUUGCAGCAUGAGUAAUGACGUAUACUGGUGCAUAUACAUGCAUGGGCGGCAGUGACUGCGAGUGUUUUGGAACUCAGGUCGCGCAAUGUCGCCGCUGCAAUAGCAGGCUCGCACUCUCUCGGCUGAACUGGCACUGGAUUGCUCCGGACCUCUAGUGCCAAUCACUGGCAUGUCUCACGCGAGGCCAGUGAGAUUGCUGCGGUCCGGGUUGGGUCCGGGCUUAUGCAUCCAGGCGAGGCAUGCAAGGUUAGCGUCAUGAAACUCGAGCAGAACCUGUGAUUUUCAAAAUGGUCGCAGACCAUGAACAAAUCAAUCAUUAGAUCUUAAUGGGCCGUGCGUGGGCGUCCGAUGAUUUGGCAUGGACGAGGGGGAAGAUGUGCCCGGUAUAGUUGGUCCCAAGUUGGUCUCAAAUUGCAUUUCAGGUACUGUAAUCCCAUUUCGGGUAGGUACUGUAUCCCCAUUCCAAUUACUUGCUACAUGGGUGAGGAUGUAGGUGCGUGGGCGUUGGCCGGGAUGCUGUUGAUUGUGGGAUUGCUGCGGGAUCGUACACAGCAGCAGGCAAUUACGAAUGCUUGGCAUGCACAUGCUGCAUCCGGUGAUUUCGCAUGGACGUGGGGGAAGAUGUGCCAGUAUGAGUUGGUCUCAAGUUGCAUUUCGGGUUGAAGGGUUCAUUUCGACUUUAUUUGCUAUUGGCUGCUUCGGAUUAACAAUUGCAUGCGUGCAUUUGAGGUUGCAUGGCUGUUUCCUGUGUGCGGGGGGUGGCCGUAAGUGCCAGGCACGGGAUAAGGACAGAAGUAUUGUGCUGUGGACACGCCGCCCCUGACAUCACGCCCUGCCAUGUAGGGGCUUUGGUUUCGAGGCAAGCAUGCGGGUCAUUUUGCGAGCCCAUGCGCGUAGUAAGCGCAUGCACGCUGUGCGCCCGCGUGUGUUUGGUCCUGCUAGGCAAAAGCAUCCGCCCUGCUAUCUGAGGUACCGUAUGCAUGCGCAUAUACGUUACAGUUUCGGAGUACGGUUCUGAUCAGUUCCUUUCGCACUGUGUCAAACGCCACUCCUAAGCGUGCGGAGAAGGAUGCGUCCCUUACAACAACCUCUGGCAUCGUCUGUCGGCUACUUCCCUGAGCGAAGACAAGUGCAAGCUAGUUUGUAGGCGAGCUUUGUGCUAUGGUGUGCCUAGUUAGCAGGAUACCGCUUUAUGGAUUUUUGGUGCGUGGCAGAGUGCGUGGAGCCUUCAGCAGUGUUGAAGGAGUGAUAGCGUUGCGUUGGAAUACUCCUCUCGGGUGUCUCAGGCGCGUCGCAGCUCCAAGGUUCAGGGCUAUCCCUGCAGUUGACAGUGUGGUGGUGGGCGCUACAUACCUGUGGCUGGUGUUUGGGGCAUGCAGCGCUUUGUUCAGCACACCGGGAAGGCUUUGAGCAAUGCUGCAAGGCAACCUAUUCGCAACUUGCGCUACUGACUGCCUACUCUCGUGCCGCCUGCAAGCCCACUCCGCCUUCCGCUCUGGUCUACGUACGCAUUAGUUCCGCAACACUCGUCAAUGCGUAGCCUGCUGCCGGUGUCUCAGGGCCUGAUGGCAUUCAGUCCUCCUUGUUUGAGGUCUGACAGGACAGGUGUCAGCCCUGAUCGGCAAUCCCUGACUUGUAAGGAGCAUGCAGA